CCCUAUUCUUCGUCGUCCUCGAUUUUUGUCCUCUUUUGUCCUCCUUUCCCCUCCGCUCACACAUCCCCGAACUUGGUCAGCUCUCUAUUUUCAACGUUUAAAGUCCUUCCCGGCCGGCCCUUCUACCAAUCCAUUACCUUACCUGUCUGUGCUAGGCUACGCUGAGCCGCAGUUCUUGUUGCUUUCCCUCCGUUGCGCUGCGUCGUGCUGCUCCUCGCGGGGGCGACCGACAAGCCGCUGCAUCCCACGCGCUGACCAACCCGAGCCGACAAGUCGACGAGCCGAACCCAACAAACGACCGAUUGUCACUGGCCCAUCAUGGCCAAAUACAAAUACACAUACAUGAAUCUCCUCGCCGGGAGGAAUCCACGACUCGUGGGUAGGGCGACCUUGCUCGCCCUGGCCUUCACCGCCAUCGCCGGCUUCGUCAUCCUCCUUGUUGGCUUCUCCCCCGCUUGGGAUCUGCCGUGGAUUGUCAAGGGCAGUGGUAACUCGAAGACGGUCGACUUGUUCCCCCGACCUGCUCCUCCGACGCCCAAGAUUCCUCUCUGUAACGUGGACACACACCGUGCUGGCGUGGCCGAGUUCUUGGAGGCGGCCGAGGCGAAAUAUGCCAAAUUGCGCGACGACAAGUUCACUAUCGCGAUUCAGACCUAUCGUCGCCCGGUAGAACUCAACACGACCCUGACAACAAUCCUCUCCUCCCCGGACGUCCCCUCCCUCCACGAGGUCGUCGUGGUCUGGAACAACCUCGAAGAGACCCCGCCGGCCAAUUUCACGUCAGACCGCGGCGUCCCCGUCCGUUACCGCCGCUCACCGCGCAACAGCCUCAACGAGAAGCUCAAGCCCGACCCGGACUUCCAGACCCAGGCCAUCCUGCUCUCGGACGACGACGUGUUCUUCUACCCGUCGGACCUCGAGUUCGUCUUCCAGUCGUGGCGCAAGUUCGGCCGCGACCGCCUGGUGGGCGGCCUACCGCGCUGCGCCUGGGUCGACGACCGCGGCGACUGGCGGUACGACAUGUGCGACAAGAAGAAGGACGAGUACGCCAUGAUCAUCACGAACCUGGCCUUCGCCCACGUCAAGUUCCUGGACUACUACACGCUGGCCGAGGACGAGGCCACCAAAGCCAUCCGGGCCCACGUCGACGACCACCUCAACUGCGAGGACAUUGGCAUGAACUACGUCGCGUCCAUGCUGACCCGCACGGGGCCCCUGUUGGUCCGCGGCCAUCGGGAGUACCAUAACUUUGCGCCGCGUAUGAGCAUCAGCGGGAAGCCUGGUCAUCUCGUGGCCCGGUCGAAGUGUCUGAAUAUCUUUGCGGAGUUGUUUGGCUGCAUGCCUCUGAUCAACGAGACGGCUCGGGUAGAACGGGGUGUCGUGCCACGGCGUGUAUAGGGUGGUUUUGUUCCGCCGGGGGG